UCUCGCGAGAGUUUGGGCUCACGUGACUCCUAACGUGACUUCCCGGUUCCCACCCUUCCCCUUCCUGAUUUUCCAGCAAGUUUUUUUACUCGGAAUUUUGUUUUCACGUUUGCGAGAGUUUAGGACGAUCUAGAGUCACGAUGGCGGGAAGGCUGCCUGCGGUUGUCAUUGACAACGGGACUGGGUACACUAAAAUGGGGUAUGCCGGGAACACAGAGCCCCAGUUCAUCAUUCCCUCGGCCAUCGCUAUCAAGGAAUCCUCCAAGAUCGGCGACCAAUCGCAGCGCAGGGCAGCCAAGGGCAUCGAGGAUCUGGACUUCUACAUCGGAGACGAAGCGCUGGAGUAUCCCAACUACAGUGUGAAGUGGCCGAUCCGACAUGGGAUUAUCGAGGACUGGGAUCUGAUGGAACGUUUCUAUGAGCAGGCCAUCUUCAAGUACCUCAGGGCAGAACCAGAGGACCACUACUUCCUACUGACGGAGCCCCCGCUGAACACCCCGGAGAACCGAGAGUACACGGCAGAGAUUAUGUUCGAGUCCUUCAACGUCCCGGGGCUGUACAUCGCCGUGCAGGCCGUUCUCGCGCUCGCUGCGUCCUGGACAUCACGACAGGUCGGGGAGCGGACACUGACGGGGACGGUCAUCGACAGUGGGGAUGGAGUCACCCACGUUAUACCUGUGGCGGAAGGCUACGUGAUCGGCUCCUGUAUCAAACACAUUCCCAUCGCUGGCCGUGACAUCACAUACUUCAUCCAGCAGCUGCUGAGGGACAGGGAGAUCGGCAUCCCUCCUGAACAGUCACUGGAGACAGCCAAGGCUAUCAAGGAGAGGUACUGUUACAUGUGCCCUGACAUCGUGAAGGAGUUUAACAAGUAUGACACCGACCCCGCCAAGUGGAUCAAGACAUACGAGAACAUCAACGCUGUCACCAAGAAGAACUUCAAGGUGGACGUCGGCUACGAGCGAUUCCUCGGACCCGAGAUCUUCUUCCACCCAGAGUUCUCCAACCCAGACUUCACCACGCCUAUCUCAGAGACAGUGGACAACGUGAUUCAGAACUGUCCUAUUGAUGUGCGGAGACCGCUCUACCAGAACGUGGUUCUGUCUGGCGGCUCCACGAUGUUCCGUGACUUCGGGCGUCGGCUGCAGAGGGACCUGAAGCGACAGGUGGACGCCAGGCUGAAGAUGAGCGAGGAGCUCAGUCAGGGCAGGAUAAAGCCCAAGCCCAUUGAGGUGCAGGUGAUCACCCACCACAUGCAGCGGUACGCAGUCUGGUUUGGUGGCAGUAUGCUGGCUUCUACUCCCGAGUUCUACCAAGUCUGCCACACCAAGAAGGAUUACGAGGAGUACGGUCCCUCCAUCUGCCGACACAACCCCGUCUUCGGCGCCAUGACGUGAGCCGUCAAUCAUCGCCAUAGCAACUAGGUAGCCACACACGGAGGAAUAUUCCCAGGAUUCCAUACGAUCAAGACUAGAACUUUUGUACUGGAAGCAAAAUAAGCGGAUCUUGUCCUAGAUGAGUAAAAGACAAUGUAUACAAUGUGUGUAGAGUUAGGCAGGACAUGAUGUACCGUUUUUCUUAUCUUCAAAAUUUUACCCAAAAUUUGGUACAAUUUGCAGCCCGGACAGGAGAUAUUGUUCUAAAAAUUAAUGGAAGAGCUAGAAAAUUACCCUACAAUCAAACCUGUCAACAAGUUAUUCUCCUUCAGUCCAGUUAUUAUAAGACAUACAAAUGUAGGACCACAUCUCUUCAGGCUCCAUCUGACAUCAUCUGAUCCAGGGUUGUAGCCAGCACCCGUCCUUCCGUCCUUUGACGGAAUUUUGCAGCUGGGGACGGAAAAUAAUCUGCCCGUUCCGUCCUUCCGUGACAGACAGAAAUCAAUAUGUAAACUAAGAUCAUAGAAUAAAACUGUCGCCCUUGUGUAGUUUUUCACCAGAACAGAUGCUGUUGAACAGCUUAGUACACCAACCAAAUUUACACCUCAAAAUGCAGGAAAUAGCUUGUCUGAGGGUCUAGAUUGAAAAAUUUGCCAGGGGAACAUGUCCCCCUUCCCAGACCCUCUUAGGAACGUUGCGCUUUCCGUGUUUGAUAGGAUCGAGGGGACGGAAAGUGAUUUCAGGCUGGCUACAACCCUGAUCUGAACCAUGUUGGAUUUAAGUGUAUGCCCUUAUAAAGGCACACGAAGACGCCAUUACUUAAGCCAAAUUCUAAUUACCAAGACCUAAGUGAAAGGCCUGUAUGUACUGGUAGCUUAAAAGGCUGUAUCAUGCAUGUGUAGGUUUGUAUUCUUUGGGGAGGGGGGCCUACAGAAUUCUAAAGUUUCAGGUUCUUUACCUACAGUUUACGUAAUCUCCAAGCAGAUUGUACGAUAGCAUAAGAUAGUAUCAAAAGCUUCUAAAGGAAUGAAGCUGGCCUAGGAGUGUGUUUGUCUACCGGAGUGGCUGAUGACUCCCUUUGACCAGCUGUACUCCUUAGCCAGCUUUGAUACUAUCUUAUACCACUGGUAAAUCUGCCUGGAGAUAACAGUUUAAGCUCCAGUCAGGUAGACGUUAUUUCUUGCCUUGGUAGUUUAGCUUUAGAGUCAGUCAGAUCAACACAAAAAAACUUGAAAGUCAUGAGAUCUUUGUACAUUGUACCAUUUUUGCUUGUGGCAAAGAUCUGAGAGAUGGCAUUGGCCCUUGUAACAAUUUAUACUUCACCUAAAUCAAAAUCAAUAUAAACUUUAAUAAGAGAAAAUUUGGUAGGCAUUCUGUUGAUAAAUAAUCAGAGCGAUGAAUUUCGGUUCAUGUAUUUAACAUACAUGGGAAAGUUCAGGCAUUGUUCUCUGCAAGUAUUAGUGACAUUAAAUUCUACCUGGUCCAAGAUUAUGAUAUACUUAUUUAAUAGUUAGCAGAAGAAGACCACAUUUAAAUUGCAGUGAUUCUGCUUGCAUAAUGGCAAAGCAUGAUGGGUAUGUGUCCAUCAGGUAUAAGGUAACUUAAAAGGCAAUUAAGGUGGGUUUGGGGUAUCUGCCAAAUAUAGUAGCAUAUUUAUCUACAAGGACUGAUUUUAUAGUUAUGAGAAGUGCAUUUGAUUUUGAUUGAAGAAAUGACACACAUCAAUCAUACGUAGUCAUAGAUGAAUGACUGAAUACUGAAUAAAUCCAGUGAAAAAGUU